AUGAACUCUGAAAAACUCCAGGUUGGUCACGGAAGUGCUGGAAUUUUGAGAAGCACCUGUAGUAUUUGUACAUCAUUAAGGGACGUUGCAUACAUCAACGAUUUCAAGUAUCCCACCCACGAUGUCGCAGUGAAAUAUCUACAGGCUGAUGAAGGCUGGUGGCUCGCUCUGUCAGAGAACGGAACUUGGCCACCUGUGGUGACAGACCUGAACAGCCGAUUUCUGGUGGCAGAGAUUAAAUACCGUCCCAGGACUUCUGCAGAGUUGUUCGAGUCUUAUCAUCCAUUCACGCAAAGUUUUCCUGUGAAGCGGCAUGUGGGAUCAUGGACACCUGAAACAAGUCUACAAAUGGGGAGCAACUGUCUGUCUGUUUUUUACAGGGAAAGAAAUCUCCAUGGACGGACUAUACGAGCCGUUACCAUCACACCUGAGGACUUGAAUGGAACGCACACACUCGGAAAUUUCUGGCAACUACUCGCAGAAAAGUUGAAUUUCACGACAUCGCUGACCGUGUACAGUGGCCGGACGUGGGGCAGGCAGAUGAACGGCAACUGGACGGGUCUGAUAGGCGUGCUGCAGCGGGGUGAAGCCGACGUGGGGCUCAGCACCGCCUUGGUCACCCUCGAGCGCAGCCAAGCUGUUGACUUCUCUCUGCCGCUUCUCUACUCGAGCUUCUGCGUGUACAUCCGCGAGCCGGGCAGCUUGGAGAUGGUGUGGAGCAACUUCGUGCAGCCGCUGAGCUCGUCUCUGUGGCUGGCGGUGGCGCUGUGCGUGCUGGCCUCGGCCGUCUACGUGUGGCUGCUCGGCCACGUCGCCGGCGCCUGCCUGCCCGCCGCCUACGAGCAACACUCGCUCACCAACGCCUUCUACCUCAUGUUCGGCGUCUUUUGUCAGCAGGGUCAUUCGCUGAACGGGCUGCACCCAGCCUGCCGGAUGGUGUACCUGUUCGCCUACCUCACUGCUGUCGUCGUGUACACGGCGUAUUGUGCUGCCAACAUUUCCUUCGUCGCCGUGGAUCGCACCCAGCUGCCCUUCACCGACCUGGCCGGUCUCCUGGCCGAUGGCCGCUACAGACUCACAACACUCUCGGGGUCCGAUGUGCCCACUCUCUUCAAGGUGUGUUAG